AUGUCUUUAUCCGAGCGAACAGAUUCUACGGCCAGCCAUUUUCGGGACAGCCUUUCAUCAAUUUUGGCAAAGGCUCGGCAUGAGGAGAUUUGGGGUAUUAAUCUACAAAAUGGAGAGCGACACUCGGUCAAGAUAAUCCUGGACAAGUUUCUCAGUUCCCAUGCCGCCAUCCCUGCAUUGCAGUUCUCGAGGGCCAGCGCUUCACUUAGAAAAGCUUUGGAAUGGCGACGUUACUCGGAACCAAGGGCCCUCCUGAGCGAUGUAGAGUGUCUGCUUCCAAAGCUAGACCUAUGUCAUAUCACACUUUGCCAUGGUCAAUAUGUGCUGUGGGUGGAAAUUGAUGACAGAGCUAUCAAAGCCCACUCACGCACAUAUCAGAACCUGGCCACACCUGCAGGAAUUGUGAAGCUUGGUCUUGCUCUGAUGGAGAAGCUUGCCACUUUGCUUCUGGCUGAAAGUUGUGAUCCUAGCUACGAUUCAGCUUCGUGUGUUGUUCACUUCAGAACACGUACUAUACCCGCUACUAGAAAAGCACUUCUAGUGCAGACUUUUCAAUCGAAGCUGUGCAGGGCCCUUGAGGAAUUGGUGACACUUAUUCGAUUUUACUACCCUGGAAUUCUGGGAAAGGCAUACAUAAUAAAUCCCUCUGACGAAUACCUCACAUCUCUUGAUAUUCCUGAAUCUCUUUUGAGGAAUACUGUACUGUUGCAGAAUCCACAAGACCUGGCUGAUUACCUGGGCUCCCAAAUACCACCAGAGUAUGGCGGCACAGGAAAACCAUUGACGGAGUCCGACUUUCUCCUAAAUUCCAACUUUCAUAUUACAUCAGAGGAAAGUCUGGAUUCCAAGACACAGAGCGACAGUACAGCGGUAAGCACUAUUAUAAGAACUCCAGAAGCGGAAAAAGACAUUCCAACUUCCCCAAGAAACCCAGAGCCUAUGGAGGAAGAACCUCGCUUAAUCUACUCUGAAACCAUCGGUCCUCCAUCCAUCAUCCUCGACCCAGAUGACUUACAGACAGCAGUCAAUCUUUGUCCCGGCAAGAUGGGAGCAAGUCUCGCUUUUCCAGACUCAGAUAUGAUUGUGAAAUAUGGUCAUGGUGUUCGCUUAGCAGAAGCCGAAGCUCUACACUUGGUAUCUACCUGCACGACUAUUGCAGCACCGAAGCUUCUCAGUGCAUACAUUCUUGACGGCACUGGAUAUAUCAUUAUGUCGUAUGAGCAGGGCGAACAUCUGGAGCACUAUUGGGACCGCGUCUCAGAGGGCAAGCAAAACCGUAUCCUAGAACAACUGCGUGAUUACGUGAACCAAAUGCGGGACAUUACAGGAAAUUUUAUCGGGGGUCUUGAUGAAUCACCCUGUCGAGAUGGCAUCUUUGAAGCAGGCUAUGGAGACUACACGCGCUACAGCUAUGGUCCUUACCCAUCCGAAGAGACUUUCAACGAAGGGAUAGUUCAGGCCUUGCGAGAUCGGUUGUCCCCAAAAACCCUUGCUGGUGAAAACGACACUGAAUCCAACUUUUUCAACAGCGAGUAUAUCUUAUACCAGACUGUCCGGGGGCUCAAAGGUCACAAAAUCGUGUUUACGCACGGGGAUUUGCAUCCAGGAAAUUUGAUCGUCAAGGAUGACGGUACGGUUGUUCUUCUGGACUGGGGCCUAGCUGGGUUCUGGCCCGAGUAUUGGGAGUUUUAUCGUGCGAUGUUUAGUCCAGGGUGGAGGGCAUCUUGGGAUCGUAUGGUGGAAAGGUUCAUUCCGCCGUACUAUGUCGAGUAUAGUGUGAUUAAAAGGGUAUUUGGAACCGUGUGGAAUUGA